AUGACCAACAGCAAUCCGCACGGAUCUGAGGUGCUUGUGGGUGUUAUUGGCGGUUCUGGCAUCUACCGCCUAGACGCACUGAAGGACGCGAAGUACUACACCAUUGACACCCCGUUUGGUGCGCCAAGUGGUGAGGUGUGUGUGGCGAACGUAAACGGAGUGGCGUGUGCGUUUAUCCCCCGCCACGGCCCCAAUCACUCGCUUAACCCGAGUGAAGUCAACUACCGCGCCAAUAUCUACGCACUGAAGCUCUUGGGUGUACGCUACCUCCUGGCGGUAAAUGCUGUUGGCUCCCUCGAUGCGGCCUGUCACCCUGGUGAUGUGGUGCUGGUGGACCAGGUGAUUGAUCGCACUGUUGGGCGACCAUCAACCUUCUUCGAGAAGGGCAUCGUGGCACAUGUGGACUACGCCUACCCAACAUCUAAUGCCUUCCGCCAACUCGCCUAUGAUGCCAUUCUCAAGGUCUUCCCAGACUCUGCCGCCCCAGUGGAGAACGUCAAUAAGGAUGACGAAAUGAGCUCAUAUGCUGCACGCCCAUGGCGGCUGCAUAAGAGUGGGACAGCGGUGACAAUGGAGGGACCGCAGUUCAGUACACGUGCAGAGUCACUGUGGAAUAAGUCCCUUGGCGCCCAUCUUAUUGGCAUGACAACUGCCACUGAAGCGAAACUCGCACGUGAGGCGGAGAUGGCGUAUCUUGUGAUCGCCACCGUCACAGACAUGGACUCAUGGUGUGAUGGAAUUCCACACGUUCAGGCUGUGGACGCGCGGAGGGUGAUGGCUGCAAACGCUGAGAAAUCGCAGAAGAUCAUGGUGGAAAUCAUUGACGCCAUUGGGCGUAGUCGCUUCACAGAUCCCGCACACUCUUCCAUGGCAUAUGCAGUGUGCACAAAGCCAGAGGCCAUCACACGUGAAGUCCGGCUGCGUCUCGCCCCACUGCUGGCGAAGUACCCGCAGUUCGCACCAUGA